GGGGGUCAGCAGCUCCUAAAAAUCAAACAAACUAUUGAUCAUCGGUGCUGCAUCCCAACGUGAAGCACUCAGCUUCAGAGUCAUCUGACAGCUGGCUGAUCGUUUAAAGCAUUUCCACAGUUGCUCCGUUCUCACUGGAAAGUUUGACUUUGUUGUGAGGCACCAUGAAGCCAGCAGUGGUUCUGCUGGGCCUCGUCCUCCUGCUGGGCAGCACCCUCGGAGCAGAAGAGUCCUGCACGGGUCGCUGUGGCUCCUUCCACCCACAGAUGAAGUGCCAGUGUGACUCCAUGUGUGUGUAUUAUAGGAGCUGCUGUGGAGACUUUUACACCAUCUGCCCCAGAAAAAUUUCUCGAGGAGACACGUUUGGGGAAGCAGAGGAGAUGAAUGUCACCACGACCCUCAGACCCACUGUGAACACGGUCGCACCCACAGCCUCCGUCCCCCCGCCCACCACCACGACCCCAGCUGACGCCGACGCAGCGGCCUGCAGCGGUCGACCUUUCGAUGCCUUUCUGCAGCUGAAGAACGGGUCGAUCUACGCGUUUAGAGGUGAAUAUUUCUUCGAGCUGGAUGACAAAUCCGUACUUCCUGGUUACCCCAAACUUAUCCAGGAUGUGUGGGGGAUCCCUGGGCCCAUCAGCGCCGCGUUUACACGUAUCAACUGCCAGGGAAAAUCCUACAUCUUUAAGGGUAAACAGUACUGGAGGUUUGAAGGUGACGUCAUGGAUGAGGACUAUCCGAGGGACAUUUCUGUCGGUUUUGAAGGAAUACCUGAUGACGUCGAUGCGGCGUUCACUGUACCGGCACCGAAUCACCUCGGGAAGGAGAAAGCUUACUUCUUCAAAGGGGAUAAAUAUUACCAGUACGAGUUCAAGCACCAGCCGUCUCAUGAAGAGUGUAUCACAAUGAGCAGAUCCUCACCCUCUGUGCUCUUCACACAAUACACGGACCUGUUUUGUGAUGAAACGUUGGAGGAUCUCUUCACUGACCUAUUCGGAAGUUUCAGCAGCAAUUACAACACCGAGCCCCGAUUCAUCAGUAGAGACUGGAUCGGCAUCCGGCCCCCCGUCGAUGCUACCAUGGUGGGAAAAGUCUACCUCAGUCCCAAACCUACGGCGUCUCCUCAGCCCGCGAGGAGGCGAAACAGCCGAAAGAGGAGGCCCAGCAAGAGACGAGGCUCACAUCGGAGGAGGCCGAGUCGUCACGUCUUCGAUGACCUGUGGCUCAGUGACUGGCUUAGCUAUGAUUACAACGACAUGACGGAUGAGACCACAGUGCAGGACUACAGAAGUACCCCUGUUCAGAAUGUAUACUUUUUCACAAGAGACAAGUACUACAGAGUGGCUCUGCAGACGAAACRUGUGGACAUCGUCAGCCCUCCUUACCCACGAUCCAUUGCAAAAUACUGGCUGGGCUGCGAAAGUGAGGAGGCGCCCGAUUCAUCCAGAGCAGAGAAAUGACAAACAAGGGAUAAAAACCAUGUGUUUUAAACACAUCUCUCUGUGACCCAUAUAUGAGCUUUGUAGUAGUGCCAGUUAUAUUUGUUGUUGAUGAAUUCACAACACGUAUUCUUUAGGAGGAUGUGCUACAACUAUGAYUCAGUGUGUUUUAGGAAAUUAGGACAUGUACUCCAAAAUUCUCCUCCUUUUUACUGACUGCAUGACAUAAUUUCACAACUAUUAAUCUGAAAAUAUGACUCACAACUCAAAAAGCACACACUGACUUCUGCUGUUCAUUACAUUACUAUUAUUUUGUAUUUGACAAGUGCAUUCCUGAGUUCACCUCUUUGCACAGCAGAUUUUUUGGACGCAUGGCGCCCUCUGCUGGA